CACGGGCGCAACCGUCCCCGCGCGAGCCCCUCCGCAGACGCCCCUGCUCGCCUCUCCCACCUGCCAGCCGUUGUCCGGGGCCCACGAUGGGAAACGAGGCCAGCUACCCGCAGGAAAUGUGCUCCCACUUUGACACUGAGGAGAUUAAAAAGCUGGGCAAGAGCUUCAAGAAGCUGGACCUGGACAAAUCGGGCUCGCUGAGCGUGGAAGAGUUCAUGUCCAUGCCCGAGCUGCAGCAGAACCCGCUGGUGCGCCGGGUGAUCGACAUCUUCGACACCGACGGCAACGGAGAGGUGGACUUCCGGGAAUUCAUCCGCGGGACCUCGCAGUUCAGCGUCAAAGGAGACGAGGAGCAGAAGCUGAGGUUUGCGUUCAGCAUCUACGACAUCGAUAAAGAUGGCUACAUCUCCAACGGGGAGCUGUUCCAGGUGCUGAAGAUGAUGGUGGGGAACAACGUGAGGGACUGGGAGCUACAGCAGCUCGUCGACAAAACCAUCAUCAUUCUGGACACGGAUGGCGACGGGAAAAUAUCCUUUGAGGAAUUCAGCGCUGUGGUCAAAAGAAUGGAGAUCCACAAGAAGUUGGUAGUAGUUGUGUGAGCCUUUUUCUUCAGAACGCCACCCAACAACAACUUUUGCUUUCUAAUCUCUUUCAAGAUUUGCUCAAGACGUCCAGCAACGCCCUCUCUGACUUCCCUGGAAGUAUUUCUCUUCGUGAAGCCACAUUUUCUAACACGUUUCACCACCCA